GAGAAUUAGUGGAUAUCAUUUAAUUUUACUAAUUUCAUUUAAAAUUUAUUUUUUUCUUAGAAUGUUCUUAAUUGAAACUAGAUAUCAAAAAUAGAUAUAUUUCGUUCGGAGUAGCUAAAUUGUAGUCGCAAGUCAAUCAUGUAAUUAGUAUUACAAAUUUACAAUGACCCAAUUGUUUGUUAGUUGAGCAAGCUUUGUUCCCGGUUACCAGAAUUUCGUCCAGGUUCAUGCAGCAAUCUCAAAGUCCAUACAUCAUUCACAGAUAUUUAUUAUCCAUGUUAAAUAAAGACUUGAACGAGUCAAAAUGCAACGAGCAAAUCCAUAUCCCCACGUGCACAAGCAUGCUCAUGCUGUGUUGUACUAAAGAUACAAUUUUCUCGAUCUGUUCUAUAUCUGCAAUCCUUACAUAGCAGCAAUGAAGAGAGGCGCCAAUAAUAACAAAGCAUCACCUCUUUCUUCGCAGCAAUUCAUCUCUGUUACCACCCCUCUUCUUGAUCUGGAAAAGGAAGCUGAGGCAUCAAGCACAAGUGUGUCUCAAGAGAGGGUCAUAGAGGAUGCUGAGCAAGAUGAUUUCGAAGUUGAUGACUGUCCCAUAGAGCAAGUGAGGCUAACGGUUCCAAUCACUGAUGACCCUACUCAGCCUGCACUAACAUUCCGGACAUGGGUUCUGGGGUUGGCAUCAUGUGUGCUCCUUGCCUUUGUGAACCAAUUUUUGGGCUACAGAACCAACCCUUUGAAAAUAUCUUCAGUUUCAGCACAGAUCAUUACCCUCCCACUUGGGAAACUCAUGGCUGCUACUCUCCCCACUAGACCGAUCCAAGUCCCGUUCACCAAAUGGUCUUUUUCGAUGAAUCCGGGGCCAUUCUCUUUGAAGGAACAUGUGCUGAUCACCAUCUUUGCUACCUCUGGAUCUAGUGGUGUUUAUGCAAUUAGCAUCAUCACAAUUGUUAAGGCUUUCUAUCAUAGGAACAUUCAUCCAGUAGCGGCUUAUUUGCUAGCACUUUCAACCCAAAUGCUUGGGUAUGGAUGGGCUGGGAUUUUUAGAAAAUUCCUUGUUGACUCCCCUUAUAUGUGGUGGCCUGAAACCCUUGUGCAGGUGUCUCUAUUCAGGGCAUUUCAUGAAAAAGAAAAAAGGCCUAAAGGAGGAAAAACUAGGCUGCAAUUCUUUUUCCUAGUCUUUGUAGUGAGCUUUGCCUAUUACACCGUUCCAGGGUACUUUUUCCAAGCAAUAUCUACUAUCUCCUUUGUUUGCCUCAUUUGGAAAAGUUCCAUCACAGCUCAACAGAUUGGUUCAGGCAUGGAAGGCCUCGGCCUUGGCUCAUUUGGCCUUGAUUGGAACACUGUUGCAGGCUUCUUUGGCAGUCCUUUGGCUAUACCUGGCUUUGCCAUCAUCAACAUGUUGAUUGGAUUUGUGUUGGAAGUCUAUGUCGUGAUUCCCCUUGCCUAUUGGAACAACUUAUAUGAUGCCAAAAAGUUUCCUCUCAUUAGUUCUCACACUUUUGACUCUACUGGUGCACCAUAUAAUGUUACUCGGAUUCUAAAUCCCAAAACUUUUGAAAUUGAUCUGAAUAGUUAUAACAACUACAGCAAGAUCUAUCUUAGUGUCACGUUUGCAUUCGAGUAUGGACUCUGCUUUGCAACUCUGACUGCCACUAUCUCACAUGUUGUCCUCUUCCACGGAGAAAUGAUUCUUCAAAUGUGGAGGAAGACAACAAGUGCACUAAAAGAACAACUAGGAGAUGUCCAUACAAGAAUUAUGAAGAAAAACUAUGAACAAGUCCCUGAAUGGUGGUUUGUGACCGUUUUGAUUCUCAUGGUUGUUAUGGCCUUGGUUGCUUGUGAAGGCUUUGGCAAGCAACUCCAACUGCCAUGGUGGGGAAUUUUACUCUCUCUAGUAAUUGCACUAGUCUUCACCUUGCCAGUUGGGGUGAUUCAAGCUACAACAAACAUACAAACAGGACUCAAUGUGAUUGCAGAGUUGAUAAUUGGAUUCAUUUACCCAGGAAAGCCCCUAGCAAAUGUAGCCUUCAAGACUUAUGGUCAUGUCAGCAUGGUCCAGGCACUUGGGUUUCUUGGUGACUUCAAAUUAGGCCACUAUAUGAAAAUUCCUCCUAAAUCUAUGUUCAUAGUGCAGCUAGUAGGCACAGUUGUUGCUUCAUCUGUCCACUUUGCCACAGCUUGGUGGCUUCUCACAUCUAUUGAGAACAUUUGUGAUGAAGCAUUGUUGCCAAAGGGUAGUCCCUGGACAUGCCCUGGUGAUGAUGUGUUCUAUAAUGCUUCAAUCGUAUGGGGAGUAGUAGGACCAAAGAGAAUGUUCACCAAGGAUGGUGUUUACCCUGCUAUGAAUUGGUUUUUCCUGAUUGGUCUACUUGCACCUCUUCCAGUGUGGCUGCUUUCUCGUAAAUUCCCCAACCACAAGUGGAUUCAACUCAUCAACAUUCCCAUUAUCACUGAAGGUGCAUCCAACAUCCCACCAGCCAGAUCUGUGAAUUAUAUUACAUGGGGAACUGUUGGAAUCUUCUUCAAUUUCUAUGUUUAUAGAAAGUUCAAGGCAUGGUGGGCUAGACAUACUUACAUUCUUUCAGCUGCAUUAGAUGCUGGAGUUGCUUUCAUGGGUGUUGCCCUCUAUUUUGCCCUCCAAUCUAAUGGUAUUUUUGGUCCAGCCUGGUGGGGUCUUGAUGCAGACCACUGCCCUUUGGCCAAAUGCCCCACAGCUUCAGGUGUAUAUGCCAAGGGAUGCCCUCUUCUCUGAUUUCCCAUUUUUUUAUUCUUACCUAGUAUGUUUUUUUUUUAGCUCCUGAAAGUCAGAUACUAGUCUCCCAAGAUAUGGGAAUCCAUUUAAAGUGCUAACAUCUCUUAUAUGCUCUUCCAUAGUUACGUACACAUGCAAAUAUGGUAUUGGACAUUAAAUGUACCCAAAGUCUAAAUAUUCACUUUCUGUCUCUGCUGACUGUAAAUUAUAAUUGAAUAUUGAAUAAGUUACAGGUGGAGAGUAGAGCAAGCAAAAUUGUUUAAAGUUUAAACUAAGAAUCUGUUUUACUUUGAUCUCUUUGUAUUUAUUAUUUAAGCUAUAGUAGAUCUUUCAUUCUUCCAUACCUUAAUA